AUGUCACCAUUUUUAUUUAUAUUUGCAGCUAAAACGCCGUCAUUCGAUAAGGAUCGUGACUACAUCGGCUUUGCCACACUACCCGAGCAGGUGCAUCGGAAAUCAGUAAAACGUGGUUUCGAAUUUACGCUCAUGGUUGUCGGUGAAUCAGGCCUAGGCAAGUCAACGCUGAUCAAUAGUCUGUUUCUCGGUGACCUAUACAAAAAUCGCGUAGUACCCAAUGUUGAAGAGCGGCUCGAGAAAACGACGCGUGUCGAAAAGAAGACAAUGGAUAUAGAAGAACGCGGUGUACGCUUACGCUUAACGGUAGUUGAUACACCCGGUUUCGGCGACGGCAUCAACUGUGAGGACAGUUGGCGCGUCUGUACCGCCUACAUCGACGAGCAGUUCCGUCAAUAUUUCACAGACGAGAGUGGACUGAAUCGUCGCAAUAUACAGGAUAAUCGUGUGCAUUGUUGUUUGUACUUUGUGCCGCCGUGGGGCCACAGUCUACGCCAGAUGGAUCUGGAUCUCAUUAGGCGCCUACACCGCAAAGUCAAUAUAGUGCUGGUGAUCGCCAAGGCGGAUUGUCUGACCAAAAAUGAGGUGCGCAAACUCAAGGAGCGCAUACUGCAAGAUCUGGAGGAUAACAAAAUACAGUUAUAUCAGUUUCCCGAAUGCGAUUCGGACGAAGAUGAUGACUUCAAACAGCAAGAUCGCGAUCUAAAAGCAUCGAUACCAUUCGCCGUUGUCGGCAGCAACACGAUACUUGAGGUGGCGGGCAAAAAGGUGCGCGGCCGCCAGUAUCCCUGGGGUGUGGUGGACGUGGAAGAUCCCGAACAUAGUGAUUUCAAUAAAUUACGCACUUUCCUUAUCUCGACACACAUGCAAGAUCUGAAGGACACCACACAGGAUGUGCACUACGAGAACUUCCGUGCACAAUGCAUCUCACAGAUAUCGCAACAUGCGCUCCGAGAGCGCGGCAAAUUGAAGCGCGACUCAAUUAGCUCGACCAAUGGUUUUGAUGCGGCCAUUUCGGAAACCGAUCGUCUGUUGUUGCAGAAAGACGAAGAGAUACGACGCAUGCAGGAUAUGCUCACGCAGAUGCAGGAGAAACUCAAGCAGACACAUUUGAUGGAGAUGAAGAAAAACGACAGUGUCAUCGAUGUUUAAGCGCAAACAAAGAAAGAGAAAGGGAGAGAGAGAGAGAGAGAGAGAGAGAGAGAGAGAGGUAGAGAAAGAGAGAGAGGGUGCUACAGAGUAACCAGCAGAGAGCAGCUUGUUUGGAGGAGUAAAAUUACUUUGUAGGCGUGAGCUCGAACCCCAGUAAAUCCAAAAACUACCAAUAUUUCGCGCACAACUGUACAACACUGAGUAUUUAUGAUUUGGCAAAUACUUUUUUAAAGUAAUGCUAGAAGCACAGACACAUACAAAUAUACAUAUAUUACAAUAUAGAGUACACACAAUUAGCUUAGUUUGAGCUUAAAUUCAACCAAACAGAGUUAGGUUAGGUUCCCUUGCACAAAUACUAGGCGCACCAAAGUGUUUUCUGAGCUCAUUUAGACUUCGAUUUUCAUUUUCGAAAUUUGGCCACACACAUACCAGUGCAUAAAAUAAGAAUAUAUUGUCAAAUAUAUAGAGACACAACGAUCAGCUGAUUUAAGCAUUAUUUCGAAGCGUUGAUGAUCCCAAAAAUUGGCAAAAUAUUUAUUUCCACCACACACUCACACACAAAUCCAUAUAAAUGCAUUCCAAAUCCAUCAUUACGAAAGUGUAAGAUUUAUAUAGUCUGCAAAACGAAUAACCGGUUUUUUCUAGAAGCCAAACGUUAGCGGUAUUCACAAGCGUUAAAUAGCUACUUACUAAUCAAUUGCAUAUUAGAAGCGAUCAUAUUUAAACGAAAAAUAUAUAAUUACAAAUAAUAAUAAAAAUAAAUUUACAACAACAUUUUCGAAAAUAGCGA